UGCCUCCUCCUAAAUGUCGAUCACCACCAUUGCCUUACGAAUACACGUAUUCCGCUGGUCUCGUCUCCUUCACCUCUCCACUUGUGGCCUUGCGCCUCUGGGGGCUGGCUGCCAGGUGUCAACUGGGGCUUGCAUAUGCCAAGGCUUCACAAGUUGCCGCUCGCGCCAAGAAAAGCUUGGUUGUUGGCUCGACGAGCUUGUCUGGCUUUCCGGGACAACACCCCGGACCCUUGAUGAUCCUUCGGUGCCUUCCGCUUCGGCGCCUCAGGCACGAAUAUAAUGAGAGGGACUUCUCGUGGAGGAACGGAGGACUGUGGUUGGUGGGAGCGCUAUGUCGAAGGGUUUCAGGGGUUCGACCAAUCGACUGUACUCGGAUGAGGCGCUGGCCUGUCAGGGGGCGAGAUGAGCUUCACCUAAUAUUGGCCUAGUCGCCUCCUACCACUAGGAGCUUUCUUCAAAGUGCGAUGCUGGGAUUGGUCUCGCCAAGAUGGAAUCUCUCUGAAAGUUACC